UGGAAAAAGAAUUCUUUAUUCUAAAAAAACCUUAUUAAGCGUUAUAAAAGUAUGUUGUACUUCAUUAAGAAAUUAUAAAACGAUUAUCCGAACAUCAAUUUUUGGAGUUGAUGUACUUAAUGCAUGCAUUAAAG